AACCUUACGAUCGUCUCCUAAAGUUUCUUCUGUUUUUCAAAAUUUGCUCGGAGAAAAGGAGAAAUGGCGAAUUCCGUUGCCACGUUCUCGAGGACGCUCUGCCGUUUACUCCUCUCGAGCCCUAGAUUUUCUCAGGUUUCGAAGCCCUUCUGUACCAACAACAUCCCCUCGCGUGAAGAAUCCGAUUCGGACGAACUCGCCGUCAACUCGGACAUAGAAUCGUCCCCUGAGACGGCAUUCCAUUCACCAUCGCAGCAAUCCGGCGAGGAACGCGCUUUAGUUGAAAAUCCUUUGGAGAAUGGCCUCGACGGGGGCAUCUACAAGGCAAUUCUUGUGGGGCAGGCGGGUCAAAUACCUCUCCAGAAGAAGCUGAAGAGUGGCAAGGCAGUGACGAUCUUCUCUGUGGCGACUGGAGGAUUACGGAACAAUCGGAGGGAAUAUGCGAAUUCUUAUCCAGUUCAGUGGCAUCGGGUCUGCAUCUACCCUGAACGGCUAGCAGAUCUUGUGUUAAAGAAUGUUCAACUCGGUACAACUCUGUACUUGGAAGGCAAUUUGGAGACAAAGGUAUUCUCAGAUCCAGUGACCGGUAUAGUUCGUCAUAUAAGAGAGGUUGCUAUUCGAAGAAACGGGAGAGUCGUGUUUCUGGGUAAAGAAGGGGAAAUGCAGCAGCCAGGUCCUUGGGAACUCAGAAACGUUGGCUACUUCUGAUUGAUGCUUGUCGUUUCUCUCGCAACUUGGUGAAAGUGAAGUGAUACAGAUAAUAUUAAUGAUACUUUUUUUUUAUAACCCCGAUGUUCCCGGAUCUUUCGGUCCGACUACAUCUAUCCUAAACUCGAGACCAACCUUUGUAUAUAGAUCAUUUUGAUUCAGAAAUUACAUCCUUCCUCACUUGUAGAACAUUAAUGAUAAUAUUAUGUCUUCAUUUUUUC